AUGAGAUAUGUCAUAGACGGUAUGACAUCUGGCAGAGAUGGUAUGAGAUAUGGUAGACAUAAUGAGAUAUGGCAGAGAUGGCAUGGGAUCUGAGAGAAGUGGCAUGUGAUCAGUGGUGUAUUUAGGAUUUGGGCUGCCUAGGGCUGCACCCCCCCAAUUUACAUUCUCCACCCCUUCCUGUCAAGGCUGCACUUUGACAGACGCUCACUCACUGACAGACGCAUACACUCAUUGACAGACACACACUCUCAUAUACACUGACAAACAAUGACAUACACACACACUAUUACUUGGACACACACUGACAGAUGCACACACACUGACAGACGCACGCACUCACUGACCGACACAUACACAUUCACUGACCCACACACACAUUCACUGACAGACACACACUGACAGCCAGACAUACACAAUCACUCAGAUACACAUUAACAGACAUACACAAUCACUCACAUACACACUGACAGCCAGACACACACACUGACAGCCAGACACACACAAUCACUCAGACAUACACCCCCAAAACAUUAACUGAUUACUUUUUUUGUUUGUUUGUUUAAAUCCACCCACCCUCCCUACCUUUGGGACUGGUGGGUGGAUUUUUUUUACUUGGGGUCCUGGGGUCCCUUCUGACAGGAAGGGAGGCAGGCGGGCGGGCGGCUAACUAAAACUCCAUGUGGGCAGGCGGCGCUGGUGAGGGAGCACUGAUUAGUGAGUUGUCUCUGCUCAGCUCCCUCGCGUGCGGGCAAAGUGAUGACGGGUGCCGGAAUAUGACGUCAUAGUCUGGCUCCCGGCAUCACUCUGCGGCGCGCGAGGGAGCUGGGCAGAGACAUCUCACAAAUCAGUGCUUCCUCACCAGCACCGCCCGCCCGCAUGGAUUCUUAGUUAGCCGCCCGCCUGCCUGGAUUGUUUGUUAGCCGCCAGGCUAACAAGGUAUUUGUCUGGACAUUUGGGGGUGGCGUUUUUUGCCACUCCCUGGAAAUUGCUGCUCAAGGCAAAUGCCUUGUUUGAACCGUGGCAAAUACGUCCCUGCAUGUGAUCUGGCAGAGUAGGUGUAACAUCUAGCAGAGAGGGCAUUGAAUCUCACAGGUGAAAGAUCUGGCACAGUGUGGACUGGAUGUGAUAGUUUAAGAGUAGGAUCUGUCAGGACACUGGCAUAAUGGGAUCAGUCUACAGCAGAAUGUGGACAGAGGUAACAAGAUCCAUUGUACCAGUCUUGUCAGGUGAUAGUGAGGAAUGUUCUCUGUCAGGCAUUUUCCCUUGCCAUGGUCUUUUGUAUCAAUUUACAACUCUCUGUAUUUCUCCUCGUCCCCAAACCAGCUGGUGAGGAGCCCCCAAUAAAUGAGACAAGACAAUGCCAGGUUCAAAGUGACCUAUGGGCCUUUAAUGAGCUGUGUAACAGUUUAUGUUCAAGAGGAAACAGGGGUGGUCUUACAAACAUUAUCCAAUCUUAACAAAAGCAUCUAUCUUAUCUUAACAUCUUAACCUAUAGCAAGCUUGCAUCAGAUUAAAUGGUUUAGAUAUAUUGCAUUGACUGGUAUUGAGGGAUAGCACUUAUCUUCUCCUGGGCGGGUGUCUAUAUCACAACCUUUUCCGGCUUUUAACAUGUUUCAUGUCAGUGUGUGGCACAUAAGAAGAAAUUAAGGAACGUAUAUGUAUUUUUGUUCUAAUUCUGAGCUGUUCUGUAGAAUGGAAAAUUAUGUAAAGUCCAUGUGAAGUCCACCCAUUGCACCAUGGGAUGAAUAUAAAUUUGCAUUUUAUCUCCUGUUUAUCUUUUCCUGCCAGUCAUAGCCUGUGCUGAAUGCUGCUAUCCGUAUGACUGCUGCGAUGUGUACUCCCAGGGUUUCCAUUCAGAUGGGGUGUAUUUAAUAUUCCCUGGGGGGAAGUAUUCUAAGCCAACCCAUGUGUACUGUGACAUGACAACUCCAGGAGGACCAUGGACGGUAAGUGAGAGCAGGGACACGUCUGUCUGACUCACCUGAGUGUCUGUCCAUCCAGACCUAACACUUUAUUGUGAGAUGUUAUUUAUGGUGAUUAAUUAUUAUUAAUUAAUUUUCAUUAAUUAAAAACUAUAUUUUUAUAAAAAUUAUUAAAAUUAAUAAUCUUUAUUAAAAUAUCAGGGGUUGAUAUUUUAUUGGCGCGAAUUACCAACUAUUAAUUUCAAGGCGAAGAGUUCCCACUAUUUAACUUUUAGACCUAGAGCACAUUGUCAGAAUUUAAUAUUUCAUACAUUAAUAUCACAACUUUUUAUAAAAAUAUUUAUUUUUGUCAAUAAGUGUAAAUAUACAUGGUAAUUAGUGAAUAGUUUUCAAUAAUAUUGAACAAGGUAUGGCAUAGUACAGUUCAUAACAAUUACAAUCAACCGGGUUAGUACAUGGAAUAUUUUCUUCAUACACUAUUGAUUAAGACAGUCAACAAAUUUAUUAUUAUUUAUAAAAUAUUUUACCAGGAAAGAUACAUUGAGAUUUCUCUCGUUUUCAAGUAUGUCCUGGGUCCACAAAUCAUUGCAUUGUUACAUUAGGUACAACAAAAUACAAAAACAAUAAUAAUACACAAUAUGUACAAAAUUUAACAUAGAACAAGUAGGGAAUAUAUAAUCAACCAUGACACGUGCAUUCUGUUUUGAGAUAUGUAGAGAGGGAUCUCUUAAAUGACUUUAGGCUUGGGGAAGAUUUUAAAUUGUGCGGGAGGUCAUUCCAUAAUCGCUGUGCUCUGUAGGAAAAGGAGGAUCGGGACGCUUUCUUUUUGUAUUGAGGUAGACUAAGUAAAGUGCUGGUACUGGAUCGGAGCUUAUAGAAAGUGGGAACAGCUGGGGAAAGCAUUUUGUUCAGGUAGGGUGGGAGUUUCCCAGAAAAGCUCUUAAACACAAGGCUGGAAAGAUGAAGGGUGCGUCUGGAUUCCAGCGAUAGCCAGUUUAGUUCCUUUAGCAUGUCACAAUGAUGGGUCCUGUAAUUACAUUGUAGCACAAAUAGAAUGUUGCUAUUUGUUAAAUUAUAAGGAACCAUAUGAGUUUAUCAGCAUAUGGAUUACCGUGUUUCUCCGAAAAUAAGACCGGGUCUUAUAUUAAUUUUAGUCACAAAAAACACACUAGGGCUUAUUUUCAGGGUAGGGCUUAUUUAUUUACGGUACCGGUAUGUACAUUGAACCCCCCUUUAAUUAAUCCACCCCCCCUUUAAUAAAUCCACCCCCUCUAAUUAAUCCACCCCGUCUAAUUAAUCCACCCCCUCUAAUUAAUCCAGCCCACCCUUUAAUUAAUUCACCCCCUCUAAUUAAUCCAGUCCACCCUUUAAUUAAUUCACCCCCCUUUAAUUAAUUCACCCCCCUCUAAUUAAUCCAGCCCACCCUUUAAUUAAUUCACCACCCCUUUAAUUAAUUCACCCCCCUCUAAUUAAUCCAGUCCACCCUUUAAUUCACCCCUUUAAUUAAUUCACCACCCCUUUAAUUAAUUCAGCCCACCCUUUAAUUAAUUCACCACCCCUUUAAUUAAUUCACCCCCUCUAAUUAAUCCAGUCCACCCUUUAAUUAAUUCACCCCCUUUAAUUAAUUCACCCCCUCUAAUUAAUCCAGCCCACCCUUUAAUUAAUUUACCACCCCUUUAAUUAAUUCACCCCCUCUAAUUAAUCCAGCCCACCCUUUAAUUAAUUCACCCCCUCUAAUUAACCAGCCCACCCUUUAAUUAAUUCACCACCCCUUUAAUUAAUUCACCCCCUCUAAUUAACCAGCCCACCCUUUAAUUAAUUCACCACCCCUUUAAUUAAUUCACCCCCUCUAAUUAAUCCAGUCCACCCUUUAAUUAAUUCACCCCCCUUUAAUUAAUUCACCCCCCUUUAAUUAAUUCACCCCCCUCUAAUUAAUCCAGCCCACCCUUUAAUUAAUUCACCCCCCCUUUAAUUAAUUCACCCCCGCCCCCUUUAAUUAAUUCAGUCCAAGACAUAAAAUAUCUACCGGUACUCACAUUUCAAAGAUUCCUUGCCGAGUCCGACCACUGGGUGCCUCACCGCCCGGAAAUGGAUCCUUCCGCUGAAGAUCCGUGAAGGCAGACUGACGGCGCUGCAAAAUGUCGUCAUCACGUUGCGCGAUGCCGCGGCCCACAACGCUCCUCCUACAGUAGAAGAAGGAAGUCUUGCCGCAAAGGUACAAUGCCUAGGUCUUAUUUUCGGGGUAGGGCUUAUAUUGCAGCCCACCCCGAAAAUCCGACUAGGGCUUAUUUUCGGGGUAGGGUUUAUUUUCGGGGAAACACGGUAUUAUAAUUUAAAGACAUAAUUUUUCAGGAUCUUAAAAUACAAUCUUAGCUCUUUACUUCUUAGUGCCAUUUACAAACACAUGUGGAUUGUUUGCGUAUUGUAAACAACAUUCAUUAGACAUAGCUGGACAGAGUUCGUUAUUUACUCAGGUGAUCUUGUCUUCUUGUCUGUCUCUUGUCUUGUGUUCGAUCUCCUUUCUCCUUCUGUGUAUCUCUCUGUCUCUCCGUUUAUGAGUGUUUUCUUUUCUUUGUGUUCGGGACAGUUUAGGAAUAUAUCAUUUAAAGAUGCUUUUAGUCAGCAAUUCUUCUUUCUAUGUGGACCUUGGUUGUUCAACCAAUGUGUUCCUUGUUCACCUAAGUGAUAUUGCAAUUGCAGGAUAUUUAAGCUGUCUAACUUAAUUUAUCACUUUGCUCAUUAAAUUUUUAUAUGUAUAUAGUUUCUAUAUAUGUAUAGAUUGCUAACUUAGGCUAUAUCACACUCUAUUUCUAAUUUUAUAUAUAAUUAAACUUAAUUUAUAUACCUCAUAGCAAUAUAUGUGUGAACGUAUACUUUUAGACAUACUUGUCUUAUCUGUGUUCCUAUCUGUUAUUGACACAGAUGUAUUUACUCACUGUCUGUCUGGCUCUUUCAGUGGACAGGGUUAAACUGGGUUAUAAAAACAUCUUGUUUCUUCAUUUUAGUACCUCAUGACAUUAAGCUAAAUUGCGUUUUUGCCAUUAUGCCUGUAUUAUUUUUAUCACACACUAUAUACGCAUUUACUUCCUACACAAUAGCUCUGACAAUUGGCAUUAUAGGAAGAUAUAAAUAUUAUAACAUUGCUUCCAGUGCUAUAUUAUGAGGGUUCAAGUUGUCUUCUGUGUUUUGAUUUGUGAGUUGUGAGAUUUUAUACUUUUACAGAAAUCUCCCAUUGAUGUUCGGAAAGUUAAAGGGAUACUAUAGGCACCCAGAACACUUCAUCUUAUUGAAGUAGACUGGGAGCAGUGUUCCUGUCUCAUAAACAGUUGUAAUCAAAAUUAUUCAACUCCCAUUGAAAAUCAGGUUUAUUGUAAAAAUUUACAGAUUUUCAGCGGUUUGCAAUGAUCUUAUCAAACAAAAGCAUUUGAAAUGAGCUCAAAUAACACAAUAAAUACUUCAAGUGGUUUCCCCAAAUUCAACUGAAAAUGCAGCUUAUAAUGACGUCUCCAGUCUCAAAAUUAUUCAACCCCUUCAUGGCAGGCAUCUUUAACUCUUAGUAGAGCAUCCUUUUACUGUUAUGACCUGCAGCAAACAAGAUAUAUAGCCAGAAACAAGCUUCUGGCAACGUUCCUGAGGAAUAUUAGCCCAUUGUUCAUGACCAGUGGCCUCCAGUUCAGUAAUAUUCUUUUGUUUGCAUGCUACAAUUGCCUUCUUCGAAUCCCACCAGAAUUUUCUAUGGGGUUCAAGUCAGGUUACUGUGAUGGCCACUGUAGAAUAUUCCAGGACUUCUUGCAACCAAGCCUUGAUGGAAUUUGAGGUAUGCUUGCGAUCAUUGUCUUGUUGGAAGAUCCAAUGACAUUCAAGCUUCAGCUUCCUCACAGGCGUCAUGAUGUUUUCUCCCACGAUUUCCUGAUAAUUUAAUGAAUAGAUCUUGCUUUCCACAGUGUCAGAGGAUGCAAAGCAGCCCCUGAGCAUCACAAGCCACCACACUUAACUGUAGGCAGAGUGCUCUUUUCAGCAUAUGAUUCAUUCUUCCUCCAAACAUACCGCCAGUGGCAGAACUACCGCCGGUGUAGCCCCAGAGCAUCACGAACCACCACCAUGCUUAACUGUAGGCAGAGUGCACUUUUCAGCAUAUGCUUCAUUAUUCCUCCACACAUACCCCCAGUGUCAGAACUACCACCGAUGCAGCUGGUGUGGUUGCACUGAAGCCUGCACGGUUUUGGGGCCCAACAGGACUUAGAGCCACUCGAUCUGGACUCCUGCUCCAGGACUGAACGGCAGCGGGUCCGCAGCAUGGACCAUGGUAUUAACCCUCAGACUGCCGGAUAUGUUGUGUUGUCAGUACAUGUGUCCACCCGGAGCCUGGGUGGAUCGGGAGCAAGGAGCGGGGACCAGGAUGUGAGAUGCACCAAUUGAAGGACAUUAAAGAAAACUGCUAUAAAUAAGUAUUUCAAAGAUUUGUUUAUAUUGGUUCACCAACUUUUGGGUUUAUUAUGUGUAUUUUUAUGUAUGUGUCUGUGUGUGUCAGUGUCAGGUCCCCUACCUCCGCACCGCACACGGCGGCCUUGGUUACCCCUUCAUAUGGUCCCUGUCCGUGGCGUGCGGCUGUGCAUCAGUGUAUGUGUCAGUGUGUGUAUCUGUGUAUGUAUCAGUGUGUGUGUGUAUAUGUAUAUAUGUGUGUGUGUAUAUAUAUAUAUAUAUAUAUAUAUAUGUGUGUGUGUGUGUGUGUGUGUGUGAGUUUGUGUAUCUGUGUCAGUGUGUAUAUGUGUGUAUGUAUCAGUGUGUGUGUGUGUGUGUGUAUAUGUAUAUAUGUAUGUGUGUGUGUGAGUUUGUGUAUCUGUGUCAGUGUGUGUAUGUGUCUGUGUACACCCCAGCAAUCAAACACCAACACAACAUGCAAAAACACCAGAGCACUCAAACACAAACAUUACACACAAGUACACCACUGCAUUCCAAUGGCAACAGUACAUACAAAUACACCCCUACAUGCACCCAUACUCUGUAUAAAAACAUGCUUACAUUCAUAUGCACAAACACUGCUCAGAAAUUCAACCCUGCAAGGAUGGGAAAAUAGUAGAUACCCAGCUAGCAUAGCAUUGUGGGAGUUUUACAAUAGAUGGGGAUCUAUCCUUUUGCCAUUCUUGCACUAGAGGGGAUCCAAAAAAAAAUUCUUGCACCAGGGCCCUCUCUACAUUAGUUCCGCCACUGCAUACCACUAUUGGGCCAAAAAGUUCCAGUUUUGCUUAAUCGCUACACAGAACAGAAUCACAAAAUCUCUGUGGCCAAUGUAUAUGGUUUUGAGCAUCUUGAGCUUUUGAGUCAGUAGUGGUGUACGCCUUGGAGUUCUGCGUUUUUUACGUGCCUUGCUGUGCUUACUGAAAGCUCAGUACCUGUUUCCACCUAGUCUUUUGCAGUCACUCGAGGGUUUUUCACAAACUGCCUUCUCAAAAAUGUGGUUGCAGCUAUUGAUAGCUUUAUUUUUCUCCCCUGUCCAUGUAGUGCAGAGGUGUACUAAGGGGGGCCUGUCCGUGAAGGACUCCAGGGAGGGACUUUAGUUUGGCAGGCUGCCUACCACCUUGACUGGGUACCUCCGCCAAUCGCUGCUUCCUAGUGCUCACCGAGUACUCCAAGCACUCCACCAGGCACCAUCAGCACUGUAGACCAUUAUCCGCCGCAGCUUGGCUGCGGUCUCACCGUCCCUUCCCACUCUGGACCAAACUCCUGGACCCAGAUCCCAGUGGGAAGACCUCUCCUCCAAGAGAGUAUAGCAGGAUAGCACUGACAAGAGCUAGUGAUAUAGCCUGUAUUGCCUAUAUAGCCUUCUCCCACAGACAUGAGACUAGGCUCUAUGCUGGGGAUGAACUGGGACUGGUUUAAUGGGAGCCACAUGCGGCCUUUUAUAGAACUUUCCAUGCAAGGGGUUUCCUUGAUCACAUUCCAGGGGUAUUCGCCACUGGAGACGAGACUACUUACAAGCAAACGUUCCACACACUCCUCUCCUGUGCCUGAGAGAUAAUUACCUGAGCACACAAACAUAUAAUUAAAUUAUCUCUCAGGUACAAAAACAUACAAUUUAACAAACCACAAAAGUACCUCCAAAACACAUGAAACCCCCUCAAAAGUCACAUCCCCUGAUAGCCACGAUCUGGGUGACCAACAUAUCUAAAAAUCACCCAGAUCGGUUGAGGGGUUUGGGAUUUUCCUGGAAUUCACUUAUUUGACCGACUGUGCACAUGAUUCUAUGACCAAAACAGUUCCAGGGAAUCAGGGCUAAUGGGUGGUCUCUUUUGGGAGCACAAAAGUACAUAAAACACCGAACAGAAUACUUAAAUUACUUGUGUAGCCUGUUCCCCUUGUUCGUGGGAACAUUUUGUGUGUGUGUGACUGUCUGCAUGUGACUGUGUGUGACUGUGUGUGUGUGUGACUGUCUGCAACUGUGUGUGUGUAUCUGUCUGCCUGUGACUGUGUGGGGUUUUUUUGCAGGUGUUUUUUUACAUUUUAAAAUUGAGGGAGGGGGAGACGGGGUGCCAAACACAGGACCCGCUCUGGGUGCAAAAUGCUUUAGGUAUGCCUCUGAUGUAGUGUACCACUGUUCAUUCAACUUUUAACUAGCGAACUGCCUAAGAUAGCACCUCUUUUGCAUAUUUGUGCUGUUGUGAGGGAUUCUAUUCAGGGGGUGAAUAUUUCUGAGACUGGAGAAGUCAUUAUAAGUUAAAUUUUCAGUUGAAUUUUGGGAAACAACUUGAACCGUUCAUUGUGUGGAGCUUUUUCAAUUGCUUUUGUUUGAUUUGUUCAUUGCAAUCAGCUCGUUCAUCACUUUAUGCAACUCAUAUAAAUGCAGAACUAGAACAUUUCUGGGUGCUUUGUAUUACGCAAUCACCAUGGAAACCGCCAGAACCAUCUUGCUGCUAAUUAGCUCCAGUUAUACUAAGCAGGGAUUGAUCUGAUCUAUUCUAUUUCGAUUACCCACCAGGUGUUCCAGAAGCGAUUUAAUGGUUCUGUGGACUUUUACCGAGUCUGGGACGAGUAUGAGAAUGGAUUUGGUCGUGCGGAUGGCGAAUAUUGGCUGGGUAAUACCCCAUUUGUAUUUUUACUGUACUAUGCACAAAUUGCUGGUUUUCAUACAAUUCCUCCAAUUAUUCUGAAUACAAAAGGGAUAAACUAUGAUGAAAGAGGAAUAAAACCAUCUCCUCCAACCUUUUUAGGUUUGCGUAACAUUCAGCAGCUCACGCAGAGGAAGCCAUACCGUCUUGGCAUUCAGCUGGAGGACUUUGAGAAAAAUACACGUUUUGUGACAUACGAGUCGUUCUCUCUCUCCCAAUUCGCAGUCUUUCCUGCGGAGCAGAGGUACAAGCUUAACGUUGAUGGAUUUAAAGAGGGGGAUCCAUUAAAUACUGCAGGUAAGUGACUGGAAGACUUUGGCCAACUUUAACUUGUUCAUAAAAUGUGGCUAAAAAUAUGGAAAAAGCAGUGCAGUAAUUUAAAAAUUGUUGGUAACUCAGGGGUAAUGGUUAUUACCAGAUAUUAGUCACAUUGGUUCUGUGCUGGAAUCUCUGUACUACAGAAACCAAACCACUUCCAGAAUUAACCUCCAUAAGAGUCACUGUCUGCGCAAUCUGGACUCACAAUCCUGCCAAACAGUAGCUCUAACAGAACCAACUGCGGAGCAUAAACACAAUGGCAUCCUCACCAAAUUGCUACAAGCCCCCUGACAUUGCUCCCAGGCCCUCAGCUCAUAUACCUGGGGUGGCCAGAUUUGGAUAAUUUCAAAGCUGAGCAGGUCAGGAGUAAAACGCAUCACAACUCCUUCAUCUAAGGACUCAACCUCCCCAACAACCACUCCUUUUCAUUUUAGAUCCCUUUAUGGUCCUCUAAAUACAGGUUCUUUCCUUCGAUUAUUACCUUUACUUUAACAGACCUCCUCAUCCUUGUUUCUGGAUGCUUCCUUCCUUUGGAUACCUCUAUCACAGCCCCUCGCCCCCAAAGUCUACCUUUCCUCUCCGUAUGGCCACCUACCUUCCCCAAGCAUGGUCUUUAUUAUUGGUCUCCAUUCGAGCACUCCCUCUGUUCUCCUCUCAGCACUCUCCCUUCUGUAUUUGGAGCUCUCCUCCCAGCUCUCCUUUUUCCAAGUAAGGACUCUGUCUCUGUAGAAAUAUGCCUAGGCAUAAAUGACAAUGACAGGUCUCUAAAUGUAUAGAAAAAUAUAAUAGUAAUAAUAACGUCUUUAUUGGCAGAAAAGAAAAUAACACGAAAGGGUUAAUAAAUUAAUUAAAAAGCCAAAAAAAUGCUUAAAAGGACACUAUAGUCACCUGAACAACUUUAGCUUAAUGAAGCAGUUUUGGUGUAUAGAACAUGCCCCUGCAGCCUCACUGCUCAAUCCUCUGCCAUUUAGGAGUUAAAUCCCUUUGUUUAUGAACCCUAGUCACACCUCCCUGCAUGUGACUUGCACAGCCUUCCAUAAACACUUCCUGUAAAGAGAGCCCUAUUUAGGCUUUCUUUAUUGCAAGUUCUGUUUAAUUAAGAUUUUCUUAUCCCCUGCUAUGUUAAUAGCUUGCUAGACCCUGCAAGAGCCUCCUGUAUGUGAUUAAAGUUCAAUUUAGAGAUUGAGAUACAAUUAUUUAAGGUAAAUUACAUCUGUUUGAAAGUGAAACCAGUUUUUUUUUCAUGCAGGCUCUGUCAAUCAUAGCCAGGGGAGGUGUGGCUAGGGCUGCAUAAACAGAAACAAAGUGAUUUAACUCCUAAAUGACAGUGAAUUGAGCAGUGAAAUUGCAGGGGAAUGAUCUAUACACUAAAACUGCUUUAUUUAGCUAAAGUAAUUUAGGUGACUAUAGUGUUCCUUUAAAGCUAAAUGCAGGAAAAAAACAAAUUUCCGGAAUAUAUGCAUACUUCGUGCCAGCCUGGGUACUUUUAUAGAACGUAAACAAUUGGAAUAUUUCAAGAAAGUAGCAAUCCAUCUGAGCCCUUAAGGGUUUCCCGUAGGCCAACAAGAGCUCUAAAGUGCAAUGAACUAAAAGUCGAGAUUGAAAAUCCCAAAUAUCGAGUUGAUAAUAUGGCUUUAAGAACCACUCUAAGGAAAAUAACAGGGAUUCCACUAAAAUUCCAAAAAUUGCAGUAAUAAAAAAAUGGAAUUAGAUAAAAUCUAGUGAGUAUCCAGGAGUAGGUUACAGUGUAUACCUUCGAGUGUUAAAACAGUGUUUGAUAUAUGAAAGAAAUAUCUGUAAAUAUAUGGUGAUCAUAAGUGUAUGACUUAAUCCUCCGUUCUACUAAGAAACAGAGUAGAAAUCCAUAGUGUAUACCGUGUAAAAGAUUUGAAUGAAAUAAUAAAUUUACAAAUUGCAAGUCUAUACCAAGCAUUUAUGGAAGAAUGUUUGUUGCUGGGGGCAGUUUGUAGAACGGAGGAUUAAGUCAUACACUUAUGAUCACCAUAUAUAAUCUUAAAGUAUUUGUAUAUUUGCAUGCAGUGUACAUAUAUUGAUAUCACCAACUUCUAAAGAAAGAUCAUUGAUAUUGUACUAUAUUAUCAAAGCUUGUUCAGUAGUUUAACCCCAGCUGGUUCAAUAGCUGGCGCUAACUGAAUAGCUAACAUUGCAUAGACUGUAUCAGUUUAUCUCCUUCUUUGCUGACAGUAUCAAAUAGAGACUACAAGGAAUUGAUACUUUUAUAAGCAAUAUAUCCAGUUUUAUGUUCAGCUAUUCGGUUCAACUAUUUACAGAUAUUUCUUUCAUAUAUCAAACACAGUUUUAACACUUAAAAGGUAUACACUGUAACCUACUCCUGGAUACUCAUUAGAUUUUCUCUAAUACCAUUUUUUUAAGAGCUCUAAAGUGUCUCACUAAAAUCAAUUACAUUACAGUUAAAUUAAAGAGACAGCUCUCCAGAUGAUAUCCAGACUGAAAUAGAUACAAAGUUAGAGUCCAACUAACCCCUUUAACCUACUGACCUACAUUAGUACAUUUUGUUAAAUGAUUAAACAAAUUAAAUGUAGGAUGGAUGGAUAAAUAAAUAUAAUAGCAUUACGUAUUCAGAUUUGGACCAGGUUAAAAAACUAAAUCUUAUAAUAAAUGACUUAUUACUAAUCCAAAUUCAUGUUUAUUAAUGACAGGGAAUGCUCUAGAAUGGGCAAACAAUAUGAAUUUCUCCACCUAUGACCGUGAUGGAGACACAUACCCAGAUAACUGUGCUGUGUCCUACCAUGGGGCAUUUUGGUACAACAGCUGCCACAGAGCCAAUCUGAAUGGUAAAUACCUAAAUGGUAGCACUUCGGAGUAUGCCACUGGCAUGGUGUGGAGCCUAUGGAAAGGUUAUUACUAUUCCCUGAAAAGGAGCGAGAUGAAGAUGGCUUGUGUAUCUCAGUAGCCUUUUCCCAUCAACUGACUGCAAGAACUGUGACUUAUUCUCCGAUCAACUGACUGCAAGAACUGUGAAAUAUUCUCCUAUCAACUGACUGUGAGAACGGUGACAUAUUCUCCUAUCAACUGACUGCAAGAACUGUGACAUAUUCUCCCAUCAACUGACUGCAAGAACUGUGACUUAUUCUCCGAUCAACUGACUGCAAGAACUGUGAAAUAUUCUAUCAACUGACUGCGAGAACUGUGACAUAUUCUCCUAUCAACUGACUGUGAGAACGGUGACAUAUUCUCCUAUCAACUGACUGCAAGAACUGUGACAUAUUCUCCCAUCAACUGACUGCAAGAACUGUGACUUAUUCUCCGAUCAACUGACUGCAAGAACUGUGAAAUAUUCUAUCAACUGACUGCGAGAACUGUGACAUAUUCUCCUAUCAACUGACUGUGAGAACAGUGACAUAUUCUCCUAUCAACUGACUGCAAGAACUGUGACAUAUUCUCCCAUCAACUGACUGCAAGAACUGUGACAUAUUCUCCUAUCAACUGACUGCAAGAACUGUGAAAUAUUCUCCCAUCAACUGACUGCAAGAACUGUGACAUAUUCUCCUAUCAACUGACUGCGAGAACUGUGACAUAUUCUCCUAUCAACUGACUGUGAGAACGGUGACAUAUUCUCCUAUCAACUGACUGCGAGAACUGUGACAUAUUCUCCCAUCAACUGACUGCGAGAACUGUGACAUAUUCUCCUAUCCACUGACUGCGAGAACUGUGACAUAUUCUCCCAUCAACUGACUGCGAGAACUGUGACAUAUUCUCCAAUCAACUGACUGCAAGAACUGUGACAUAUUCGCCCAUCAACUGACUGCAAGAACUGUGACAUAUUCUACAAUCAACUCACUGCAAGAACUGUGACAUAUCGUUUUAUCAACUGACUACAAGAACUGUGACGUAUUCUCCUAUCAACUGACUGCAACAUCUGAGAACAAUAUUCGGGUAUCCAUAUCAGUAAAGUGAAGUGAGUUUCCAUGGAUGACUCUGGGUUCCAGAAACCAGUGUUUUAUAAUGAUUUCUCCAGAUGCCGCUAUUUGGCAGUAAUUGUCCUAGUUUAUCAUUAAACACCGUAUAUUGUGUAUCAUUAUAUUCUAUAUAUCAAUAAAUAAAUGAAAUACAGACCUGAUCAGUCUUAAUAAGGAUUUUACAAA